AUGCCUCUUAUCCUUCUGUUCUGUAAGAUCCACAUGCACUCUGACUUCAUUGACGAGAUCCUCUCCCGUGAGGAAUGGGAAAAGCGUACAAAGAGGAGUCAACCAUCCUCGUCGCAAAUCCUGCGAAAGAAAUCACGGAGCGUCCUCGAACCCAAAUUUAAACACAAACCACAAGACGAGAAGAGGCCGGAUCACGUCUUCUUCACGUUAGACACCGCUAACAUGGACACUAAAAUGAACCAUAUGGUGUUCAAGGUGCUUACACUUCUCAGUGGCCAAGCAUACGAAAACAUCGAGGAGAUCGGCGCUUUCAUGCAGAAACUUCAGCUAAAUCCAGGACCAGAGACACCUGAGUGGCACUAUGCCUUGAUAGGGAAGCACGGCGAAGGCAAGAGUACUUUGACCAACUGUUUGCUCGGUCGUCACAAACUCGCAGGUGUAUCCAAGGGUACUAAGUCGUGCACGCAAUUCGCGACAGAGUUCAGAUACAAGGCCGGUGCAAAUGACGAUACGGAUAAGAGCGAUGUGACGAUCUCUUUCUUCGACGAACUCCAACUCAGAGCGCAUCUUGAGGAGAACAUCAUGCGGUAUGGGCGCUUCCAUCACCCAACGAGUGAAGAGGAGGAAAGCGACGAAGAUAGCCUCGACCCUGCUCUUACGAGAACGCUCACCAAGUAUGAUGAGUAUCUCAGCAAAGAAGCAUACGAUGUCCUUCGCAUCAUUGUCAAAGGAGACGAGCAAGCUGAGGAGAAACUCGACAGGCAUUUAAACCAUCCCGAAAAUUUCACGAAUGGCAGCCUAAUCGAAUUCUAUCAUCGCAAACAACGGGAGCGUCUCCAAGCAUUGGGCGUAGAUGGCAACAAUACUAUUGUGUAUCUCAACGUCCCAGACAAGCUCGACCUAGAGCAUGAGCAGGGCGAGAGAGACAUCACAGCAGUACGAAAGGUAGCUGAAUCUUUGGCACCGUUUGUGAGGUCAGUAAAAGUGGCGACAGGGGGGAUGCUUUUGAGAUACGGUCUUGUUCUUGUGGACAUUCCAGGAUAUGGCGACCUUAACCAAGCGCGGAUCGCAAGCGCGAAUGUGCAUCGUCGAAGCGCGCACGGCGAAAUCAUCAUAGGAGCGGCAUCACGCAUUGAAGACAGCGAAGACCUGGAUGGACAGAUCACUCGUUCCCGCAAAGCACACGGAGAUCGAAACACGAUCCUUGUCAUGAAUCAGAUCGAUAAAGCCUACGAUGCACCGGAUUAUGAUGCGGUUCGUAGCGAGAUCGAAGAAAACAAAGAGAGCCCUUUUCCAGAACUGCACAUAGCUUUGGAAGCCACUGAAGAUGAUUCCGAUGCAGAGGAAGCCUACGACGACCAUAUCGCUAGUGUUGCGCAAUGUGCAAUGGUACGACAAUUCGCCGAACCGUGUGAAGAUGCGCUCAAGCAACGUCACGGCGGACGCAUAAGCGUAUACUCUGUAGUGGCAUCAGCCGCUCACGAUUGGUUGGACCCUUAUCGAGCUGAAGAUCCGACCUGGGGACCCUACAUGUCUGGUGUUCCACACCUGAGGCGAGGCUUACUUUGUCUUACUGCGGAGCAAAAGCUGCAGAUUUACCACAAACAUUACUUCCAGAUUUUGCCUGGCUUCGUGGACGAUGCCCAACGCAUCCUCACAAAGACGGUUGGACAGAAAGAGAUAUUAGCAACGACCCGACGCUGCCUCGAACAGUGCUUCCGAAAUGCCAUACGAGGUUCACGUGCAGCGAAGGAUGUCAACAGCAUAUCCAUCGUCCUACCCAUCUACACAGGCUCCGAGAAGAACACCGUUACCAAACGUAUUAAGGCCCUUAUCCAGGUAUGGAGUGCUCCGACUGUCGUUCAAUUCAACACGUUCAUGCACACUCUAGUUUGCAGAGGCAUUCCUACUAGCUAUGCUUCAGCAGCAUACAGAGGCCGUGAUAUCAACUGGAACCGUGACCUUCUUGAUACCAUGGAAACUCCAGCCGACAAUAGCCAUGCAUAUACGUCACUAGAGGCUUACCUGUCGGACUGGAAGGUUACGAUAAAGCAUAAGUCUACGGAAAUCUCCAACUCGAUAACUGGUCCCAUCACUGAUUUAUGGGCAUCGAUUGAGGACGUUAUCACCGCAUCGUCCGCUCCUCUGGCUCUCAAAGGGCGAAUGCGCGGUGCGUGGAGGAAGGUAAAACAUGUCAUUCGUGACAUGGUCAAUCGAUUUCCCGAACAAAUCACAGCAGCCAUCGACAAAGUCUACCAAGAAGUCACUACAGAAGAGGACAUAGGCUGCAUGAUCGCAAUUAUGAACAUACAGACCUACAAGGAUGCCGCGUACCAGCGUCGUGGCAAGAAGGUGUACACUCGCCAACGCCGAUCAUUGAUCAGGAGUCUCUGCGACCCCGACUCCAAUGGCAGGAUGUUCGUGGAUAGGUACGAGAACGCCGCUAUGAAUAAGAUGACUGAGCGCAUCGCUCAAGUUUCUGAGGAGUUUAUCGCCGCGGUGGACACAAAGCUCAAGGAGUUCGUCCGCAUUACCAAGCAGUUCAUGGAGACGGAUGUAUACAACACCUCCCAGCACGUCGCGGCUCGGAAAGUCUUGCGGCGCUGGCUCCCUGAGUUCCAGGAUCUGCUGUUGGAUUGUCAGCGUCGAUUCCCUGGCCAACAAGACCAGCAGGAUGUUCAGUUCAUGGGCUCGAUCAAGCGGGCGCGAUCCUCUGAGUGCGAGGAGUCUGCGAUAAAGAAGAUCAAGGUGGAGGACGAGUACGAGGACGAGAAUAGCAUCAUCUCCGAGGGAAAGACCGACAAGGGCACGACAGGCGAUAGCACGACUGACGGAAGGAAGACUGCACCGUCAUGUGGCAAGAGCGUUCUCAACAAGGGUAUAGACUGGUCGAGGGGAGCGAAGACGAACAAGUUGAUGCCGAAGACGAACAAGUUGAUGCCGAAGACGAACAAGUUGAUGCCGAAGCCGAACAAGUUGAUGCCGAAGCCGAAGCCGAAGAGAGCGAGCAUGAUAGUGACGAAUCACUGA